AUGAAGCAUGGACGGUGUUUGGCAAAUGGGAGUUCUGAAUGUGAAAGCAAUUACUAUGGUCCAGACUGUAAAGUAUUUUGUAACAGCAGCAUGCCACAUGGAACUUGCAGUGCAAAUGGGACGGCUGUUUGUGAGGUUAAUUUCUUUGGCAAACACUGUGAAAGAUUUUGCAAUGAAAGCAUGAAGCAUGGACGGUGUUUGGCAAAUGGGAGUUCUGAAUGUGAAAGCAAUUACUAUGGUCCAGACUGUGAAGUUUUUUGUAACAGCAGCAUGCCACAUGGAAAUUGCAGUGCAAAUGGGACGGCUGUUUGUGAGGUUAAUUUCUUUGGCAAACACUGUGAAAGAUUUUGUAAUGAAAGCAUGAAGCAUGGACGGUGUUUGGCAAAUGGGAGUUCUGAAUGUGAAAGCAAUUACUAUGGUCCAGACUGUGAAGUAUUUUGUAACAGCAGCAUGCCACAUGGAAAUUGCAGUGCAAAUGGGACGGCUGUUUGUGAGGUGAAUUUCUUUGGCAAACACUGUGAAAGAUUUUGCAAUGAAAGCAUGAAGCAUGGACGGUUUUUGGCAAAUGGGAGUUCUGAAUGUGAAAGCAAUUACUAUGGUCCAGACUGUGAAGUUUUUUGUAACAGCAGCAUGCCACAUGGAAAUUGCAGUGCAAAUGGGACGGCUGUUUGUGAGGUUAAUUUCUUUGGCAAACACUGUGAAAGAUUUUGUAAUGAAAGCAUGAAGCAUGGACACUGCUUGGCAAAUGAGAGUUCUGAAUGUAAAAAAAUUAUUGAUUUUCAGAAAAAUGAAACUCAUUGUAAGAGAAAGUUUACAAGAUUGAAAUGCCUUGAUUCACCUUUUGAAAUAUGCAGUGAUUCGAUUUACACAUAUAAAAAGAGUAACAUGACUGAAAAAUCAGACUUUACAAUUGGGUUAUUGUUUCAAGGCAGCCUCGAUUUUGAAAUGAUACCAGAAAUUUUUGACGAGAUGUCAUCAAUUUUUAGAUGUAUUGAUGAUAAAUGGGAUUACUACCUUGAAGGAAUAGAAAUGAAUUCCAGCAAAUCUAGAAAUGAUGGAAUGACCACGGUGUCCUUCCAGUUUGCUUGCAACGAUUCGCUGUUGACAGAAAAUGAUUUUUAUGAAGUUUGUCUUCAACAUAAAGCAAGGAUUCAGGAAAAGAUUUAUCCAGUUGUGAUGGUCUACCCAGCAAUCCCACACAUCAAGAAAUAUCCAUACUUACAUGACUGGCUCUCAGAUAGUUGGAGACUCAUGGCGUCUAUUCUCGGAGUGAUUUCAAUGACGUUAUGCAUAGUCCUUGUAACUGAAUUUGGAAAAUUGAAAUACAGGAAGUUGAUAAAGGGAGUUUCAUUAUCGAGGCACCCAACCGGAAAAGAUGUCACGUGACAUGCUGCAUAUUGAGGAAUCAAUGAGACACGUCCGCCCCAGUUUCUUGAGUUUCUUGAUGUGUGACAUUGUGACACACGGUCAGACGAUGAGCGAUAGAUGCAAGGUUUCUUACAAACAUAAGUGACAAGGUGUUUAAACUUGAAACUAUCGGUGGUGGAUUACGUAAUUAUUAGAUGACGUAACUGUUAGAUGACGUAGUAGCCGAGGUAUUCUGUAAAUACUGCAGUUUUUCAAACAGUUCUUGA